AUGGUUGCUUACACAAGAAAUUGUGAUGACAGGCUCCAGUUAACUUUACAGACCGUUCUGUGUGCAGUCUUAGUGUUUAGAAACUACAUCAGCAUGGUAGUACAACAGGAAAUCAGGCACGAUACUAAGAAAUUCUGGUUUGGGCUUCCUUCACCAGAUCAUAUAUUAGGCUUACCUGUAGGCCAACAUAUUUACCUUUCUGCAAAAAUCGAUGGUAAUCUGGUGAUUCGAGCCUACACCCCAGUUUCCAGUGAUGAGACAAAAGGUUAUGUUGAUUUAAUUAUAAAGGUCUACCACAAAAACGUAAAUCCCAAGUUUCCAGAAGGUGGGAAGAUGUCCCAGUACCUAGAUGACGUGAAGAUUGAAGACAUUGAUUUCAGAGGGCCAAAUGGGCUUCUUGUCUAUAAGGGGGCAGGUACCUUUCUUAUCAAGCCUCAGAAGAAGUCUGAAGCAGAGAAAAAGUUUGCGAAGUGCCUUGGGAUGAUAGCUGGAGGGACAGGAAUAACUCCUAUGUUGCAGCUGAUUCGUCAUAUCACAAAUGAUCCUAAAGACACAAAAUGUUACCUUCUUUUUGCUAAUCAGACAGAAAAAGAUAUAUUACUGAGAGCUGAGCUAGAAGACAUUGCUAAGAGGCAUCCUGAUCAGUUCAUGCUUUGGUAUGCACUGGACAGACCUCCACAGGAUUGGAAGUACGGUUCUGGCUUCGUCACUGCAGACAUGAUUAAAACCCACCUCCCUCCCCCCAGCAGCGAGACGCUCAUUCUCAUGUGUGGGCCCCCACCUGUGAUUCAGUUUGCAUGUCAGCCCAACCUGGACAAACUGGGCUAUCCCAAGAGUAGGGCAUUUUCAUAUUAACACUGAUGUCAUCUGAUACCUUUUCGAAAGUGCUGCAUAUUUUCCUACAGGAACAACUGCCUUAGCUAAACAGUCACUGCCAACUCCCUGUGGAACCGCUGGGCUGCCACUACAGACAACUAUCCAGUGAUGUUGCACCGUCUGAAUGGCACUCUCUAAGCGCACUCUCUAAGCGUAGUGUUGCUCUUUGGGCAGUUUCAGAAAUUUCCUUUGCUUCUCAAAAGAACAUAGCUUCUCACUCCCUCUAGUAAGCUAUGCUGAGUUGAUCUUCUACUCACCUACUGCCUCAUCUUAGUGCUUUUACCACACAUAGCAUUUAAUUCUUAGUCUUCAAUGACUGAAGUACUGCAUGUUAAUUUCUGGGUAUUUGUUUAUACUACAUUUGUUUUAGGGUCUGACAAAUCCCUGAGCUGGAAGACUUGAUUCUUCAGAUGCUAGUGAAUAUGUUUACUAAUUAUUUUUAUUCAUCUAAAGCAAAACAAAAGGAAUUUACUAGUUAAAAAUUGGCAUGGGGAUUUGUACUUCAUCAGUUACAUUUGUAGCAACAAUGCAAAGACACAGGGAUUCAGACUGUGAUUCUGUCCCUGAUGAGAGAUCAACCAUAUGUCUUUGUGUUAGAAUCAUUCCACAGUCAGCAAGAGAUGGAGGAACAUUCAAAAUUUAUUCAUAAGUCAAAAAAUAAGCAUUUAUGCUGGUGUUAUGCUAAUUAGGAUUUCUUAUCAUAUAUAUAUAUUAAAAAAUCAAUAAUUUUGUAGAUUGACCAUUCACAGCCAAAUUAGCACAACACAGAGUUAUAAAUACAUCAUCAAAAGAAAUCUGAACAUCCAAGUGGAAUAUACCAGUGAUGUUAAGGCUGCCUCUGUUGGAGCAGCUUAUCCUACUUGCAGUGCUGUAAUAAGUUUGCUAGCUAAUUAACCUGACAAAGUAUUUCAGAUGCCCUUAGUACAUGAUCUGGUCACUAGUGUUGAUUGGAGAUGGACUUGACUGGUAUAUUUAAUAGCUUUUAUUAAGCAUUUUUGGUUUGCUGAUGUGUAGAUUGACUUCUCAACCUUUUGGAUUUUCCAUUAUCAUUUAAUUGUUCAGUGACUGAAAAAAAAAUGCCUUGGUGUUAUAAUUUUGGACAAUUAAAUCACGUAUUUAGCUUUUAAAAUCUGACCAUACAGAGUAGUGUCCCUCAUGGAGCGAGGACUAGAAUAGGUCACCUUUAAAAAGUGCCACUGCUAGCUCUGGAGAGUACCAGAGAUUUCCCCUUCACCUGGGAGGGUUGUAGCUGGGGGUGACCUGCCCUCAGGCUCCUUUAAACCAACACCCUGCAGCCAGCAAGGAGAGAAUAACACAAACCAUCCAUAUAUAUACUAAGUUUUUUCUUUACAAUUAAGAUUUCUUUUCUGGCAUUUCCUUAUUUACUAAGAUACCAUGUUAAUACCUUAAUAAUCCAUGAGACACACGUCAACAGCUGCCCCAAGUAACUGUAAAGGAGACCCUUCCACCCUUCAAUGGUGCCUCAGGGGAGUAGUAAGAGGCCGUAUUUCCCUCUGUUACAGUGCUGCAGUCUUGCCUAGCUCAGCAGAAUAGCAACAGAUUUAUUUUGUCAGGGGUUUCAAAGAAACAAAUAACUUGUUUUAUUAUGGAACUUGCUUGAUGUCCCUGAGUCAUAUUUUACCCAUCACAGAGCAGUAAGGUUUGUCUCCUAUUGCUAAAUUUUCUAUGAAAAUCUAUCUGUAGCUGGAAUGGAGAGGGAACUGGAAGUGAACAGCAAUAUUGUUUACAACAUCACCAGUUCUCAUGCAAAUGUUACAAAAGUGUUUCCACUGUAAUCUCCAGUCCUCAGGACUGUUUGCAGCCAUAUAUUUAAUUAGGUGUGACUACUGAAAGAAAAUAGACUUAUUACCAUUCCUGGCUUCCUGAGAGCCAGUACCAUCUUUCAGAGCAACUAGGUAUGGGGCUCAGAAAACUUUGUCUGAACCACUCUGUCCAGAAGGCGUAUGGAGAUCCUGCUGCUUGCACAUGUGCGUCAGUGCUGGCCCUUUUAGACAGAAUGUCAAUGCACAGAAAGAGCCAAUUCAAUACUUCUAGUUAAAGAACUGUCAUUUAAAACUAAACAAUGGAUCAUGCCAGAAAUUCUGUUGCCCUUCCCCCCUACAGAGUGCAGCAAACACUGUUCUUAAAGUUAGAUUAGUUGUGAUUUCUCCUUGACAGUGAACAUCUUAGUACACACGUAAAAAUAACAUGAUUAAAAAAAAAAAUCACUUCAAAUGAAACACCAGCUUUUGAGUCCGUCAGUUUUUCUGGCAGUUUAAGUUACAUUUCCUGCUGUAGUUGUUCAGCAUCGUUUUCAGUUAGGUCAAGAUUUGUGAAGAUGCCACCUUGCCAUCCUUCUGAUAAAAGCCAGGGUUGACAGACAGUAUUAUGUUCCAUUCUUCCCAUCCUACACUGCACGCACUUAGACAAAAAGAGGGCAGGGCAUGUGCUAAUGAGAGGGAUGAGAUUAAAAUCCUCUUACGGGAAACAGCCUCUGACAGGACUGCAGUAGUACUUACUGCACUCACCAGCAUCCAUCUGCAUUUCUAAGUGGCUCUGAUUAGUCCACAUGGUAAAAUAGAGUGUUAAUGAUUCCUGCAUUACAAGUUUGUUAUAAAAAUAAAAAAUUACAAAAGAUCUUUCAUGUAACAGUACAUAAACAUAACCUGUAAAAGACGACUGAACAAAAGGUAAAACGUACUGCCAGUCUUGGCAUCCCAGACUGGAUAUGAGAACCACUUCUCUCUCAACACUUAAAUGAAGAAUAGUGCAGAGGAGAGUUACCUGUAAUGUCUUGCUACAUCGACAAGAUUAAAUGCUGUGCGGCAAGUUUCAUUGGCAGAAAAGACGUAAAGCUUUUCUGCACUACAGCAUCAAGCUUCUCCUGGCCACCCCUCGGGACAGGCAUGAGGUAUGAUUAGUGUUCUUGGUCAUGUAGAAAUAUCAUCUCCAGUCUUCAAAGGUAGGUGUUAAAAAUCUGCUGUCAUUCAGCAUUUCAUCUUGGCUUAACAUUGUCUGAAAAAAACAAGAUGUGAACAAGUAAGCAUAUUCAGUUAGAGGCCUAUAGUUAAAGAAAUCCACUGUAAUAAGAUCAGAUUCACAACAGAAGGGUUUAGAGCCACAUAAAAUUAAAAGGAAUUUCUUGAAUGCAGGUUUAAAUAAACUAUUAUUUGUUUGAA